AAAUAUAACUACACAUCCAUUUCGCUCACUCAGCCAUGCAGUUCUACCUCAUAAUAUCAACGAUUGUUGCAACAAUCUUUUCUAUUCUUGUAUACCGUUUAUUACUCCACAAAAAGAGUGUAAAGACAGCGACGAACCAAAAACCACCUCAAGCAAAAGGUGCAUGGCCGAUAAUCGGACACUUACACCUUUUAGGUGGACCUGAGCUGCAUCAGAAGGUUUUCGGUGACAUGGCAGACAAACAUGGCCCUAUUUUCACCAUCAAGCUCGGUGUGCAUGAAGCUUUGGUGGUGAACGAUGCAGCGAUAGCUAAGGAAUGCUUUACUACCAACGACAAAGCCUUUGCAAGUCGACCAAAAGCGGAGGCAGCAAAAAUCUUGGGCUAUAACUAUGCUGCAUUUGGCCUGGCUCCAUAUGGUGAAUAUUGGCGAAAAGUACGCAAGAUGGUGGUGUCGGAGGUUCUUUCUCAACGAAGAGUUGAGAUGCUUGGACAUAUUCGAGCUUCAGAAGUUAGAGCAUCCCUUAAAGAUUUAUAUGAUGGUUGGGUAAAGAACAAACUUGGUAAAAAUUCAGAGAUGGUGAUGGUGGAGAUGAAGCAAUGGUUUGCGAACUUGAUUGUAAACAAUAUGGUUAUGGUAAUUAUAGGAAAAAGGUUUUCGCCAAAUGAUAAAGAAGGACUUCAAUUUCAGGCUGCGACAAGAAAAUUAUUUGAAUUAUUGGGAGCAUUUGUGCUUACUGAUUUUAUACCUUAUCUCAGCUAUUUCGAUGUGGGCGGAUACAAAAAGGCCAUGAAGACUACUCGCAAGGAUUUGGACAAAAUAUUUGACCGAUUUGUAAAGGAGCACAGACAGGAGAGUAAAUUUAUACAACAACACGAAGGGAAUCAAGACUUCAUGCAUGUGCUGAUUUCCAUUAUUCAAGGUGCUUUUGAAGAGGAAUUCAAGGGUGUUGACCAUGAUACAAUUAUAAAGGCGACAUGUUUACAACUCCUACUAGCAGGCACUGACACGACACAUUUGACAUUAACGUGGGCUUUAUCAUUGUUACUCAACAACCCAAAAGCAUUAGAAACUGCACAAGAUGAAAUUGAUGAGCAUGUUGGAAGGGAUAGACUUGUAAAGGAAUCGGACUUGAAGAACUUAGUCUACCUUAAUGCGGUCAUUAAAGAAACUUUUCGCUUAUACCCAGCUGGACCUCUCGCUGUUCCUCAUGAGUCACUUGAAGAGUGUAAUGUGGGUGGCUACAAUAUUCCGAAAGGAACUCGUCUGUUAUUAAAUAUUUGGAAGAUUCAACGUGACCCAAAGAUUUGGUCAGAUCCAGACGAAUUCAAGCCUGAGAGAUUCUUGACAAGUGACAAAGAUAUCGAUGUCAAGGGAAACCAUUAUGAAUUGCUCCCUUUUGGUAGUGGUAGAAGAAUGUGCCCUGGUGUUUCCUUUGCACUACAGGCAUUGGGUUUAACGCUAGCAAGUUUGAUACAACAAUUUACGAUUAAAAAACCAUCAGACGAACUUGUUGAUAUGACGGAAAGCAUGGGUAUGACUAACGGCAAAGCAACACCACUUGUUGUCCUUUUGGGCCCUCGUUUAUCCACUAAUAUGUAUGAAGGUGGUCCAUGAUAUAGCAAGUUUCAAUUAUGGUUAUCUGAUUCAAAUAAUCAUUGCCAUAUGUCUUUAAUUUCUGAACAUUAGUGUGUCUGAAAAGUUUGUUUCAGUUACAUAAGUCAUUGAGUUGUGGUCUGUCAUUUUAGUUUUCUUUUAGCUCAUGUUUUUUUUUUGUAUUUAAGCAUUGUAAUUUCUCAGUUUCAAGUGGCAAUUAAAUAAACAAUGUUUAUGUACAA